AUGGUUAAACAGGUACCGCUGCACUUUUCCGUCACAGGAAUACGCAAUCCCGUCCACGCUAGUUCCCGACAGAGCGAGGACUCGAGGAGGCGACCCAGCGAGUCAGCCUGCUUGCCCGUCUACUUUGAGAGAGGCCGCAACACCCUAGUGACCCGACUCGCCGUCCCCUGCCCCCGCAGCAGCCAGGAUUCUUGGACACGAGCGGGAGUCGCCCUCUUUCUACGUCCCGCAUAA